AGAUACAGAUAAAGGUGGAUGACAUAAUCAAAGGCUUUAUGUGCCUCGUGAGCUGGAAACGGUAAUUCUUUGUCCGUCUGUCUCUGUGCGACAGUUGUUUAUUUCAUUUCUGGUAUCUUUGAUCCUCUGCUGUUAGGUCUUGUUCUUCCUUUCAUAUUUGCCUUCUUCCACUUCUCUGCAAAUCUUCAUAUACACGCGGAUUGACCAUCAAAUUUCCGCCGACGUUUAGCUCUCUGGGUCAAUCACGCAAUCUCAAUUUACAUUGGCUUUUGAGUUCUGGCUUGGUUUGCUCAUCAAUCCUAGUCUGAAAGUGUGCCGUGUAUUUUGGUGUUGAACAUCAAGAUGGGAGCUUGCGCGUCCAAGUCUAAAACUAUGGGAGAUGACGAGUCUGAACAUACUGUUGAGUUUACUGGUGGGAAUUUGCACCUCAUCACCACCAUAGAAAAGUGGGAUCAAAAGUUGGCUGAAGCAAAGACAGAUGGCAAAGUUGUGAUUGCAAACUUCAGUGCAACAUGGUGUGGUCCUUGCAAACAGAUUGCACCAUUAUAUCGCGAGUUAUCUGAGCAAUACACUUCUUUAAUGUUCCUUGUGAUCGACGUUGAUGAACUUACUGAUUUCAGUACUUCAUGGGAUAUCAAAGCCACACCAACUUUCUUCUUCCUCCAAGAUGGUCAGCAAAUUGACAAGCUUGUCGGAGCCAACAAGCCAGAGUUGCAGAAGAAGAUAGUUGCCAUUGUAGAUUCAGCCCCUUGUAAGAAAUGACUGCUAUAGUGGUCUGUUUGUGAUUCAAUGUCUCCUAUUACAUUUGCUGCAGGUUUCUUGAUAUCAAUGUGAAAUUUUUUGUUGUAAGUUCUUGGAUUGUAAAUAUGAAUGAGAUCAGACGAGUUUUGAUGAUAUGAAAAUCUUAAGAUCUUUCAUGACAA